GUGGAACCCUUCUAUCUGGUUCUGUCCCUCUUUGACGUUCAGAACAGCAGGAAAAUAUCAGCAGAUUUCCACGUGGACCUCAACCACCCUCUGGUCCGACAAAUGACACCGGGCUCUGCUUGUGGCCACGACUUGCACAAGAACGAUCGCAAGGGCGAGGGUCCCUUUGGCAGCCGAAGGCUGGCCAGCGGUUUUCCAGAGGCAGCGCUCCAGUACCCCACGCAGGGGGUGUUUUCAGUCACCUGCCCCCAUCCUGAGAUCUUCCUGGUGGCGAGGAUUGAAAAGGUGCUCCAAGGGGGCAUCACCCAUUGUACUGAACCCUACAUGAAGAGCUCAGACUCCACAAAGAUGGCUCUUAGGGUGCUGAAGAACGCAAAGAUGGCCUGCAGCAGAUUGAGCCGGUACCGGAUGCCGUUCGCCUGGUCUGCAAGGUGUUUUAUUUUCCCCACUGAGCUCUGAACACUUUUACUUCACACUACUCCAUAAAACUCGGGAUAUCCGGAUGCCAGAAGAAAUUUCUGCAUGAACCUGUCAUGCCCUACAACCAUCUCUA